AUGGAGAUGCUCUGGACGCCCCUGCUGCUGGUGGCUUCUUGUGUCCACGCUGUCCACAGCUCACCAGAGGUGGACGCCAGUGUUCCCAGCUUCAACAUAUCCCAGCCCUUGCACAUCCUAGAGGAACGUAACCUGCUGGUACUAACGCCCGCUGGCCUGACCCAGAUGCUGAACCAGACCCGCUUCCUCAUGGUGCUUUUCCACAACCCAUCCUCAAAGCAAUCCAGGAACAUGGCUGCGGAGCUGGGCAAAGCCAUGGGGAUCAUGGGCAAAGGCAAGAAUAGGCUCAGUUUUGGCAAAGUGGACAUCACCAUGGAGAAGGAGCUUCAGCAGGAGUUUGAGGUUAAGAAAGCCCCACAAUUGAAGCUGUUUUUUGAGGGCAACAGGUUAGAGCCCAUCAGCUGCAAAGGAGUGGUUGAAUCUACUGCCUUGGUUGUUUGGUUGAGAAGACAAAUUGGCCAGAAAGCAUUUUUGUUCAACAACAGCCAGCAGGUGGUAGAGUUUGUAAAGUCCAGGCCCUUGGUCAUCAUUGGCUUCUUCCAGGACUUAGAGGAAGAAGUAGCAGAAUUGUUCUAUGACAUGAUCAAAGACUUCCCGGAGCUCACGUUUGGGGUGAUAGCGAUUGGAAACUCCAUUGGGCGUUUCCAUGUCACCCUUGACAGCGUCCUGGUGUUUAAAAAGGGGAAAAUUGUGAAAUGGCAAGAACUGCUUAAUGACAGUACCAACAAGUAUGAUCUCAAUCGAGUCAUAAAACAGCACCUUACAGAUUUCGUGAUUGAAUACAACUCUGAGAAUAAGGAUCUCAUUUAUGAACUGCACAUCCUGAAUCACAUGCUGCUGUUUUUCUCCAAAGGCUCUGAAUCAUAUGGUCCCAUAAUUCGCCCUUAUAAAUUGGCAUCGAAAGAAUUCCAGAACAAGAAACAUCAAUCCAGCGAAGAGAUUCCAAAAUACUGGGAGCAGGGGCUGGUUAAGCAGCUCGUGGGGGAGAACUUCAACGUGGUCAUCUUUGACAAGGAAAGGGACGUAUUUGUCAUGUUCUACGCUCCCUGGUCUGAGAAGUGCACGGCGCUGUUCCCGGUGCUGGAGGAGCUGGGCAGAAAGUAUCAAAACCACUCCACAGUCACCAUUGCCAAGAUCAACAUCAUGGCAAACAACAUUCAGCUGAUGUUCCUGGACCAGUACCUAUUCUUUAGACUUUUUUCCACCGACUCUCAACAAGCUGUACCGUACAAGGGAGAACAUACCAUAAAGGGCUUUUCUGACUUUCUGGAAAGCCAAGUCAAGACCAGGGACACGGAUGAGGGUGAGCUAUUGUCUGUUGAGCAACAUGAAGUGAUAGAAGAGGAGGUAUUGGCUGAGGAAGAGGAGGCACCUUUCACAGAGAAAGAGUUACCUCGACAGCGGUUGCCUGAGCUGGAGAACGUGACCCAGCUGGGAGAGUCUGCUGUGCAGAAGGAAACGGCUGAAAAGAAGGUGGUGGUGGCUGAGCCAAAGGGACCUCCCAAACCAGGGAAGAAACCAAAAGUCAAGGAAGAACUUUAG